AUGACAGUAGCAGAAAGAUUAUGGAGUUGUGGCUUUCAAUCAGAUAUUGGCAUAAAGGUUCUUGUGGAGAAGUCUCUGAUAACAAUUUCUGAUAACAUGGUGUUGAUGCAUGAUUUGUUUCAAGUAAUGGGUCAGGCAAUUGUAGUUCAACAAUCUAAAGAACCUGGUGGGCGUAGUAGGUUGUGGCGUUCUAGGGACAUCUAUCCUGUUUUGAGGGAUAAUACGGGGACAAAAUCAGUUGAAGGAAUUGUCCUACCCUUUCCUGAAUCAGAAGAGGCAAAAUGCAAUCCUGAAGCAUUUUUCCAGAUGUCUAAUCUUAGAAUUCUCAAAAUUCAUAAUGUGCACCUUCCCGGAGGACUCAAAUAUCUUCCUGAUUCCUUGAGAUUUCUUGAAUGGAGAGGUUAUCCUGAAAAGGAUCUUCCACCAGAUUUUGAAGCCCAUGAGCUUGUUGAACUCAGCAUGUGCCAUAGUAGCAUUAAACAACUUUGGAUUGGAGUAAAGACUUUUGGCAAGUUGAAAGUCAUCGACCUUAGUCAUUCACUAAAUUUGACAAGAAUUCCGAAUUGCAUUGGGGUCCAAAAUCUUGGAAGAUUAGAUCUUGAGGGAUGUAAAAGUCUAGUUGAGAUUCACCCAUCCGUUGGAGCUCUCAAAAAGCUUACUUCCUUAAAUGUUAAAAACUGCAUAAGUCUACGGAUUCUUCCAGCAAAGAUUGAAAUGGAACUUCUUGAGGCUUUUAUUCUUUCUGGCUGCUCAAGUCUUAAAAGGAUUUCGGAAUUUGUGAGCCCUAUGGAGAAUUUAAGGGAGAUUUUUUUAGACGGAAUUGCUAUUGAAAGUAUACCAUCUUCAAUUGAAUGUUUGACUAGCCUUUCUUCUUUCGACAUGAGAGGUUGCAAAUAUCUAAAUUGUCUUCCAAGUACCAUUGGCAAUUUGAAGUCUCUUAAAAGUUUAAAUGUAUCUAGGUGCCCAAAACUUGCCAAACUGCCAGAAAGCUUUGGGGAACUAGAGUCUUUGGAGGAGAUUGAUAUAAGUGAAACUUCUAUAAAGGAAUGGCCGUCUUCCAGUUUCGUUUUGAAGAACCUUAAAUCAUUAACUUUUCGUGGACGUAAAUCAGGACAACGAUGGUUUAUGUCUCUCCGGUUUCUGUCAUGGCCAAUGAAGAGAUGCCAGCCUAUGAGUUCAUUCGUGCCUCCCCUAUCAGGGCUCUCUUCUCUAAUGCACUUAGAUCUAAGUGAUCGAAAUCUUUUGGAAGGAGAAAUGCCCAUGGAUAUUGACUGCUUAACGUCUUUAGUAUCAUUGAACUUAAGUGGAAAUCAUCUUAUUAUCCUUCCUGAACGCAUUAGCAGACUUUCUAAACUUGAGAUUUUGUACUUAAGUGGUUGCAAGAAGCUGCAGCACCUUCCAGUCCUUGCCUCAGAUAUAAGCUUAGAAGUAAUGGCAGAUGGCUGUACUUCACUGAAAAUGCUGCAAUGCCCUUCAAAUUUGGACAGAUUGAAGUGGUCCUGUUUUAAUUUCAUCAAUUGCUUUGGAUUGAUUGACCAAGAAAGCUGCAAUGAUAUAGCAUUUGUGAUGCUCAAAAUGUACCUCAAGAGAGUUCCUUUUCCAGAAGAUAGAUACGAAAUUAUAAUUCCUGGAAGAAACAUUCCUUGGUGGUUCAGCUAUAAAAACUUGGGGAGUUCAGUAAGUGUAAAGCAACGUCCGCAGUGCCGUAAAAAUAAGUGGAUGGGAUAUGCUGUAUGCGCUGUGUUUGAGGUUUCAAGCAGCGGAUGGAACGUCACUUGUGACUUGAAAGUCAAUGGAAAAGAAAAGUACCCUGCGCCUUUAAUAGCAACCAAUGUCCAACCUGUAGGGGAACAUCUAUGGCUGUUCUAUGUGUCUCGUGAUAUCAGCUUCGACAGAGAGUGGCAAAACAGUUGCAAUCAGUUAACAUUUUCAUUCACAAAUUCAAGCUGCUGCUUUGUAAAGAAGUGUGGUGUCCGUUUGGUAUAUCAGAAAGAUGUGGAAGAUUUCGACAAUAUAACAACUCAAUCCAGCAUUGACAUUUCUCCAUAUGAGGCUAUGGAUGACAAAUCUGCAUCUAUUACAGGGGAUGUGGAAUCUGAUGAAAAUUAUCAGUUUUCGGAGCAGCUUGAUACACUGUCUGAAGGGGACAUUGCAAUAUUGUUGACAGGAUAA